CGCGCAGCUCGUGCACUUGACUUAAAAACUUCUCCGCGUGCGAUUGCAGAGCGCGCACGAGACACGACACAUAAAUCACGGGCUCCUGCUCCGGUUCCCGAGUCAGAACCACCGCGAAACAUGGACGACUUAGAUGCUCUUCUCGCGGAUUUGGAGUCCACAACCUCCCACAUUUCCAAACAAGCUGUUUUUCUGCCAGAAGAGACGCCAUAUUCCUACCCCACAGGAAGUGACUCAUAUCAGGACGUGUCCUCCCCACCUCGAGUAGCUUCUCCUCCUGCUCAAACACUGAAUGGAUCUUGGGUAGAAAAGCCAGAAUCGAAGCACUCAUCAACCCAGUCUUUCAGCUCAGCUCCGAAAAGUGCCAGUCCUCGUGUGUCACAGUCUGAAGAAGAGCACGUCUAUAGUUUCCCUAACAAGCAGAAGACUACUGACUCCCCCGCCGCCGUCAUGAGCUCAUUACUGGGCAGUAACCUGUCAGAGCUGGACCGUCUGCUGCUGGAGCUCAACGCUGUACAGCACAGCACACCCGCCUUCCCUACUGAAGAGACCUACCCACCCAAACCAGCCAGCAACGCCCAGCGCUAUGUCCCAGAAAACGGCGUCUCAUCAGUAGUGAAAGCACCUCCUCCUAAGAUAGAGAAACCCAAACGUAAUGCACCCGGACGGGGGAUAGAAGAUGUCACACCCAGUGUGGAGAACCUGCUUAAUGAGUUGGAGAGCUCCGUGCCGGCCCCUGCACCCGCCCCUGCAGUGCCAGUGGUUCCUGAGUUGAGAGAAGUUCAGGAGGAGACCCCCUGCCAACAGCAGGCCAGAAUCUCCGCCUCCUCGGCGACACGAGAACUCGACGAACUCAUGGCCUCACUGUCUGACUUUAAAGUUCAGAGCAAUAUUAUGGCUCAGGGCAAGAGUUCCCCCACCAGCGUUCCAAAGCAGGGGAAUAAACUGGAUAACAUGUUGGGCAGCCUGCAGUCAGACCUCAACCGGCUGGGUGUCCAGACUGUCGCCAAAGGCGUUUGUGGAGCCUGCAAGAAACCCAUCGCUGGUCAGGUGGUGACAGCAAUGGGGCGGACGUGGCAUCCGGAACAUUUCGUGUGUACUCACUGUCAGGAGGAAAUCGGCUCCAAAAACUUCUUUGAGCGAGACGGCCAGCCGUACUGUGAAAAGGACUACCACAGCCUCUUCUCUCCACGCUGUUACUACUGCAACGGACCCAUUCUGGACAGAGUGGUGACCGCAUUAGACAGGACUUGGCAUCCGGAGCAUUUCUUUUGUGCCCAGUGCGGGUCAUUCUUUGGGCCUGAGGGCUUCCAUGAGAAGGAGGGAAAGGCGUACUGUAAGAAGGACUACUUCGACAUGUUUGCCCCCAAAUGUGGCGGCUGUGCUCGUGCCAUCCUGGAGAACUAUAUUUCGGCCCUUAACGCUCUUUGGCACCCUGAGUGUUUUGUCUGCAGGGAGUGUUUCACUCCGUUUGUGAACGGCAGUUUCUUCGAGCAUGAAGGGCAGCCGUACUGUGAGGCUCAUUACCACGAGCACCGCGGCUCCCUCUGCUCCGGCUGUCAGAAACCCAUUACCGGCCGCUGCAUCACCGCAAUGGGCAAGAAGUUUCACCCCGAGCAUCUAUUUCGCUUCUUUUCUCCCCUGGCCACAUCAGAGUUUGCUCAGCCCUGA